UAGCCGGCGAGCGGUGACUGUACUGUGGGCCCGCGCAUGCGCAGUCGGAGCCCCGGAGCCGCAGGAGAUCAGAGCUGCGCUCCGGAGUAAGGGACAGGGACGCCGUUAUGAGUGCCAAAGUGAACAUGGAGGCUCCGUCCAAAGAAGACCGCAGACCUUUGGACCCGGCCUCCUCAUCCCCCAGCGAGGCCGUCCUCAUCUGUGGGAGUGAUGGUGUGGCGAAGAAGGCCCGGCCCCAGCCCCACACCACCACAGCUCUCCUCCUACCAGCUCCUGCUCCCAGCCAUCAGAAGAUGGAGGUGACGCCAGCUGUUGCCGUAGGAGACCCAGGUAAAGGAGGCCGGGCCAAUCAGACGGCUACGCCCACCCUGACAGCGCAGGUGGGCGGGGCCUGUAGCAUCGUCCACGUCCUAGAGUGGAAGGAGGGGAUGGCCAUCCUGCCCAGCAGCAACCUCAAGUUUUGUGUGAGUGACGUGGGAACGCUGAGCACACUGAUCACCCCGGGGACCACCAGCAGCACCACUGAACCAGCAGCAGGGACUUCUGGGAGAUCCGCUGAAACAGAAGGGGCUCCAGCAGACAAGCCAGAUGUGUCGGCUCCGGUCGGCUCUGUGAGAGGCGCAGCUGUGGAACCAGGGAGGUUGGUGCCGGUCAAACCCGAAGUCCAGGUCGGACCGGGACAACAUAACCAUGAUCCCAGAGCUCAGAGGAUCUACACAGAGGAGCUACGCAGAGAGCCCAUCACUGAGAGGAGGAGCGUCGGGGUGGAGAAGGUGCCAGCAGGGGGGAGGGUCUCCUCCCUUAACCCCGAUCACCUGAAACCCAUGAGGAAGAGGAAGAGGAAGGAGUACCUGAGUCCCUCCGAGGAAGACUCCGACAUCGAGGGCACGGAUGAGAAAAUGGAUGACUCUAAAGCAGACAGCAGACACAUCAGAGGAGCUGGAGACAGUAAGACAGAGCAGUGGACAUGGGCUCAGUAUCUGGAAGAAACCAAAGCUGUUGCUGCUCCCAACAAGCUUUUCCAAGAGUCCCAGAGAGUGCCAACAGUGAAGAACGGCUUUAAACAGGGGAUGAAGCUGGAAGGCAUCGACCCGCAGCAUCCGUCCAUGUACUUCGUCCUCACUGUGGCCGAGGUCUGUGGUUACCGGCUGCGGCUCCAUUUUGACGGCUACUCUGACUGCCACGACUUCUGGGUGAAUGCAAACUCCCCCGACAUCCACCCCGCAGGCUGGUGUGAAAGCACAGCACACAAACUGCACACUCCCAAAGGCUGCAAAGAGGAGGAGUUUACCUGGACCAAUUACCUGAGAAUGACUAAAGCACAAGUGGCUCCCAAAGAACUGUUUGCCAGUCCUGGGAGGAUCGACGUGAAGUGCAGUUUUGAGAUAGGAAUGAAGCUGGAGGCUGUCGACCGUAUGAACCCCUCCCUCAUCUGUGUGGCAACUGUCACGGACAUGGUGGACGACCGCUUCCUGGUUCAUUUUGACAACUGGGAUGACACUUACGACUACUGGUGUGAUGCCAGCAGUCCAUACAUUCAUCCUAUUGGUUGGUGUCAGGAGAGGAACCUGCCCCUAACACCACCCCAAGAUUACCCAGACCAGGGCCAGUUCUCCUGGUCUCACUACAUGGAGGAGACUGGUUCCAAGGCCGUGGCCGCUGACGCCUUUAAAGUGCGUGUGCCCCACAGCUUCCAGCCUCAGAUGAAACUGGAGGCCGUGGACAAGAGAAGUCCAGGUCUGAUCAGAGUGGCCACAGUAGAGGAGGUUGAGACUCACCGCAUUAAGGUCCAUUAUGACGGGUGGAGUCAUGUCUACGAUGAGUGGAUGGACUCAGAUCACCCGGACAUACAUCCAGCAGGCUGGUGCGAAGCGACCGGUCACCCGUUAAAAGUCCCCCCACGGGACCCCAAAACACAGCAGCCACAUGGUGUGAGGGAGCCUCCUGCUACGGGCCAGUCCACCUACCCCUCCUCUGUUUCCUGCAAACCCAUCAGCCACCCCAGAACCAACAAGUACAGCUUCCACAACAGGAAGUGUCCAACUCCUGGUUGCGAUGGUUCAGGCCAUGUGACCGGUCGUUUCACCGCCCAUCACUGCAUAUCCGGCUGCCCGCUGGCUGAGCGUAACCAGGGCAGGCUGAAGGCCGACCUGUCCGACUCAGAAUGCAAGAGGAACCUUUUCUUCGGCCAAAGGUCCAAGAAGACCCAUUACCGUGGCAGGAUUGGUCGUCCUCCCAAAUACAGGAAGAACCAGCAGAGAGACUACCAGAACAUGUCCUCAGAGGGCGUGUAUCCGUCACUGUUCAUGUCGGCUCUAAGCGGUCAGUCGGACAGGACUCUGUCUCUGUGUUGGGAGCAGCACUGUAAGCUGCUGCCCGGCGUUCAGGGCAUUCACGCCAGCCAGGUGGCGUCAUGGAGCGUUGAGGAGGUCUUCAGGUUUGUCCAGAAUCUAAUCGGCUGUGAAGAACAGGCUCGUCUCUUCAAAGAAGAGAUGAUUGACGGGGAGGCCUUCCUGCUGCUUACCCAGACCGACAUUGUGAAGAUCAUGAGCAUCAAGCUUGGCCCCGCCCUCAAGAUCUCCAACGCCAUUCUCAUGUUCAAGAGCACAGACGAGGGACUCAAGUGAUCCCGCCCCCACUCACAGGGGGCGUCGAGCCUCCACUCAUCAUGUGCCAAAUUCAUUUUCUUACAGGGAAAAGACCCUGACCCCUUUUUCAUGUGUUUGGUGUCCUGUACCCAUCAGAGAGAGGGAGGGGGGAUUUUGGGGGGGUUCGGUUUAGGUCCAGUCAGGGUAAAGGGCGAAUGAAGGAGAGGUUAGAAAAAGGAUGGAAAUUAGGAAAUACAGACAAUUUUUUGGGAGAAAUGGAGGAAUGUAAUAAAGCUGACGGACAAACUGGCGUGGAGAGUGGAUAGAAGGAGGCUGAGGCAGGUGACGGGGAACAUCAGAAGUUUUCAGCGUUUGGUGGUUUUCCAACUGAUGCGUUUGGUUUGGUGUCAGGGUUUGAUUAUCACCAAACCAACGAACAUCACUGGUUUUGAAUAGACAGCUGGUCGGCCUUAUGUAGAUGUCGCCAUGGCGUCCUGCUGCCACUCACAGCCAUAUUAGAGAUACUCGGAAACUAAUACCAUUAGUACUUUUACUUCCUGAAUGAGUAACAUUCCUAUUAAUGGACGCUGUAACACAGGUCAGUUGGAAGUGUACUAAGACAGCCUUUGACAGGUUGACUUAUUUUGUAAAAAGAAAAAAGGUUUACACAUGACCAAAUUUUCAUGAGUACUCUACCCAGAUUUGGACAACACCAUAGGUUAAAAAAAUACCGAAACACCAGAUGUACUAAUAGGAAUUGAGAAAAAAUAUAAAUGUUGACUAAAAGGAAAGAGAUGGGAGGACUGUGGGCAGGGGUGAACGCGGCCGAAAACUGAGUUAGGGGAGUUGAAUGCAGUAGGUGAGGCUCGUCAGUGAGGCUCCCACAAGCUUCACGUUUUGUGCAAUAAAUAAAAUUGAGACAGAAGUACUGUAUUUAUUAACACUUAAUAUUGCAGCUCCUUUAUGUUAUCAGACAAAUUCUAACACUGUAACAGAACACAGUGGAAAUUAGAUAAAUAAGCUGCUUUGUUCAGACUGUUGGAAAAAGGCUUAGAGCUGCGGCACAUGAGAGAAAACCUUGACUUUAGCCCCGGCUUCCGGAUUAUUCUAAAGUAUUAGUCACUUGCGUCUACUGCCUCGAAAUUCUCCACAUUGUUCUUUCUCACCGCAGUAUUAUUGUGAAAACUCAAGUGAUAACAGGAGCUGUAAUUUAAAUUGUUACCCUCUGAUCUAGAAUCUGAGUCAGAGAACAGAAACAACGCGGUGUUUUUAGUUUUUAUCUCUAUAUGCAAAAGAGCGUAAAUUAUUUUUUAGCAAAUUCUUAAUAGAUGAAAAGGACACUUUGCAUUGGCAUUUCAGCACAACGGUGAGACCCAAGUGGAUUUUACACAAUGAUUUUCCCACACUUGGUCACUAGAGAGUGCAAAAAUCCAAAUGUUAGCACUAUCAUCAUGAAUUUGAUACCUGGCCAAGUUCACAUGUGGUUGGUACUCCAUUCAGAGUGAUCUUUGAAAUGUUUACAUUUUAUGUCAGAAUAGGUUAAAAAAAAAAAAAUUUGAUAUUGGGAGAUGAAGUUUAUUUUCCCGGAAAGUUUUAAGGGCUCCUGGAAUCUCAAAUAUGACUUAUUUGUGUGUCUCUCUGGUGGGAUAUGUGUAUGCGUGUGUGUGCGUGCGUGUCAAGAUAAUCUUGGGUCACCAAUGUCAUUCAAUCCAUAUGAAUUAAUAAAUGUCCAAAGCUGUCUGGUCUGAUUCAAGUCUCUGGCUCUUGUCUUAUUUGAUGGAACACACACACACACACACACUGCAUUUCCUGUCCUUGCUCAGGUGUUUUCUGUGCGCUGUACUAUUGACUAUAAACUCUCUUUGCUUGUAUCACAUCCCCCUAUCGACCAUAUUGUCGUCAACAGUUGGCUGUGGUGGUGACAACUCCUUUCACGCCCUUUCUACUGUCACUGCUUAUCUUCACGUUCCACUGCAGAGGCCAGAAAAACAGGCCUUGCUGAUAACCUGCUGCUGCGGCCUGACGCAGCAAAUUGAAAGUACUUGGUUGACUGAUGGGUGGUAAAUGUUUCAUACAAGAAGGUACAGCAGGUGUGCAUGACUUAUUUCUUAUCCUUUGGAAGGAGGAUGGACUCGCUUUAAAAUAAAAGUAUGCUGCAAAUAGUAGGCGUGGAAAGUGUUCUUAAAGUAACAAGCAAUGUGUUUUGCUGAUUGUUACUUACUUGACUUUUUGACCGUGCACUGUGCAGAAUGAUGUGUGUACGCCAGAAGGCUGUUUUCACAUUCAUUUGCUGAAGGAGCAAAGUUUCUCUGCUCCCGUUAAAUCUGACUUGAAGACGAGUACCUAUAAGGGGGUUUUGUGACAUCACAACUCAUUUAAAAGCCAGUUAUAGUUCAAUAUGAGACACUCACAAAUGUGAUGGAGAAACCUGAAAAAAAGAUAUAUGUAUAUAUGUGUGUGUGUAUAUAUAUAUAUAUACAAACACACACAGAUAUGGCUUUAAACAUGUCUUUGUGGACAGGUCUUUAAAUAAAAAUACUCCACUAAGAGUAAAGAUUCAUAUUACUUAAGUAGAAGUAAAGAGUGAAUUACCUGAGUAAACCCAUGAGUGAGCAGAGUAAGUUAUAACAUGUAUUUUUCUCAGUAUGUCUAUAUAUAUGAUUGAUAUGAUAUAUAUGAUUUUAGACAGC